AUGAUCGCCUUAUUCACGCCGUCCCUAUCUAUCUAUCUAUCUAUCUAUCUAUCUAUCUAUCUAUCUUCUCCUCAUCAUAUCUAUCUAUCUAUCUAUCUAUCUAUCUAUCUAUCUAUCUAUCCUGAUCUGAUCUCUCUAUUUAUCCAAGUUCGUUAUCUAUCUAUCUGUCAUAUAUAUAUAUAUAUAUAUAUAUAUAUAUAUAUAUUAUUUUAUCAAAUUUAUUCAAUUCUUUCUUCCUUUUUAUUUCUAUCUAUCUAUCUUUCUAUAAUCUAUCUUUCAAUAUGUUCAUAUUAUCUAUCUAUUCUAUCUAUCUAUCUAUCUAUCUAUCUAUCUAUCUAUCUUCAAUUUAGAAGGUUUCUCUUUAUUUCUAUCUAUCUAUCUAUCUAUCUAUCUAUCUAUCUAUCUAUCUAUCUAUCUAUCUAUCUAUCUAUGCCUGUUCAUACCUUCGUCAGCACGUCCGUUAUCCCUCUCUCCUUUUCUCUCUUUCAUCAGUUGAAAUUGGAAUUGUCUGUUGGUCACAAACAAAUUGUUGAUUUUUCUUUAGUAGUAGUAGUGCAUAUCUAUCUAUCUAUCUAUCUAUCUCGUUCACUUUGUAUGAAUCUAUAUAUAUCUAUCUAUCUAAAUAAAUAUCUUUUCAUCUAUCUAUCUAUCUAUAUACUAUCUCAUUCUCUUCAUAUAUCUAUGUCACAACUUCUGUAUCUAUCUAUCUAUCUAUCUAUCUAUCUAUCUAUCUAUCUAUCUAUCUAUCUAAUUCACUUGGUAUCUAUCUAUCUCAUUCUCUUCGUAUCUAUCUAUCUAUCUAUCUAUCUUAUUCAUUUCUUAUCUAUCUAUCUAUCUAUCUAUCUAUCUAUCUAUCUAUCUAUCAUUCGCUUCGUAUCUAUCUAUCUAUCUAUCUAUCUAUUUAUAGAAAUUAUUAUCCGUUUAUUUAUUAAAGAUUGCAAUACAUACUGCUUUCCUAGGUAUGUCAAUGGCACUUACAUAAUAAUAAAUACACAUCUAUCUAUCUAUCUAUCUAUCUAUCUAUCUAUCUAUCUAUCUAUCUAUCUAUCUAUCUAUCUAUCGCCAGGUCUCUGUCUCAAUGGUAUCUAUCUAUCGCCAGGUCUCUGUCUCAAUGGUAUCUAUCUAUCUAUCUAUCUAUCUAUCUAUCUAUCUAUCUAUCUAUCUAUCUAUCGCCAGGUCUCUGUCUCAAUGGUAUCUAUCUAUCGCCAGGUCUCUGUCUCAAUGGUAUCUAUCUAUCUAUCUAUCUAUCUAUCUAUCUAUCUAUCUAUCUAUCUAUCUAUCUCAUUCACUUUGUAUCUAUCUAUCUAUCUAUCUAUCUAUCUAUCUAUCUAUCUAUCUAUCUAUCUAUCUAUCUAUCUCAUUCACAUUUAG